CAUAAAUUGGAAGCUUGAAACACAUUUUAGCUGCAGGGUUAAUUGGGUACCUGUCAAUCAUGAAAAAUUCAUAAACAAAUGAUUGAGAAAAGAUAUUUUCUUUUACGGACCUGGAUUGUUCUUUCUAGUUUUCAGAAAUAUUCUUGAGAGCUGUCGUUGAUUAUUGUUUUUGUUGUUGAUAGUUGGGAUUGCUUUAUUAUUAUUUUUUAGUCACUGCCCAUAAGCAUAGAUUCUCUCUAUGUUGCAAAUCUCAAAGCCUUCCCUCUCUCCUAGCUGUGUGGCUCUUGGACGGAUGAUUUUGCUGUUCUCUGCUAGGAUUCUCUGGGGUCUUCAAAAGAUCUCCUGCUUUUUUUUAUCCUUGUCUUUUUCACUCUCUCCUUUUUAUGGAUGCCUCCCCACUUUUCCAGUUUCUACGUGGUUUCAGGCUCUAAUAUAUAGCUGGUGUGCACACUGCAUUUACUAGUGAAAGAUAUGCAUAUUCACCUCUUUUAUUCCUUCUCCACGCUAUAAAUAGAUAUUCUCUUUCUGGCUUUUCUUCAAGCAGCUGGUCUUCAGUCGUUUCCUGUUCAUAGGUGGGAGGUUUUGUUGCAUCCCCAAAAUGAGCUAUCAACAACAUCCUUCUAUGGGUUCUGGUAGCAGAACUGCUAGAAGAACUUUUGAGUUUGGGAGGACUUACGUGGUGAGGCCUAAGGGGAAACAUCAAGCUACUAUUGUCUGGUUACAUGGUCUCGGUGACAAUGGUUCAAGCUGGUCCCAGCUUCUGGAAAGCCUUCCUCUUCCAAAUAUUAAAUGGAUUUGUCCAACUGCUCCUACACGUCCUGUAGCACUGCUGGGUGGAUUUCCUUGCACUGCAUGGUUUGAUGUGGGUGAGAUCUCAGAAAAUAGUCCUGAUGACUGGGAAGGAUUAGAUGCCUCAGCAGCACAUAUUGCAAAUUUACUGUCAACAGAGCCUACUGAUGUUAAAGUUGGUAUUGGAGGCUUCAGUAUGGGUGCUGCAACAGCACUGUACUCUGCAACUUGUGCUGCACUGGGACGAUAUGGAAAUGGCAAUCGAUACCCUAUCAAUCUCCAAGCAGUUGUUGGACUAAGUGGAUGGCUCCCAGGUUCAAGGGCCUUAAAGAACAAAAUAGAAGGGUCCCAUGACGCUGCAAGGCGUGCUGCAUCCUUGCCUAUUUUACUUUGUCAUGGAUCAAGUGAUGAUGUAGUCCCCUACAACUAUGGAGAGAAAUCUUUCCACUCCUUACAUUCAGCUGGCUUUCAGCAUCUCACAUUUAAACCGUAUGACGGGCUUGGGCAUUACACAGUUCCUAAAGAAAUGGAUGAGGUUCGCAAUUGGCUCAUAGUAAAGCUGGGACUUGAGGUCCCACGUGUGUAACUCCUAGUAAGAGCUAGUGCUGAGGAACAACAGGGAGCAGUAACAAGAUAAGGGAAAGAAACGGAUUUGUAAAAUUGGGUAGUAAAUAGAAUGGGUGGUAUAUGGUAUAGAUGAAUUAACUCUCCUAAUUCCGUUUUUGUCUCUUUCCAGACAUAAAAAAUAAAGUUCUGAAUGUGUUUGUCAUUCAUUUAGC